CCCAGCCACUAGAUGAAUUCUCCUGUCUGUUUCCUCCCUUCCCAGGUCGAGAGGCACAUGUGUGACGGUGACAUCAUCAUCUUCAACAGACAGCCCACACUGCACAAGAUGUCUAUGAUGGGACACAGGGUUCGGAUCCUGCCGUGGUCGACGUUCCGGCUCAAUCUGAGCGUGACGACCCCCUACAACGCGGAUUUCGACGGGGACGAGAUGAACCUGCACCUGCCCCAGUCCCUGGAGACCCGCGCGGAGAUCCAGGAGCUGGCCAUGGUGCCCAGGAUGAUCGUCACGCCCCAGUCCAACCGUCCCGUCAUGGGCAUCGUGCAGGACACCCUGACCGCCGUGCGCAAGUUUACUAAGAGGGACGUCUUUCUGGAGCGGGGGGAGGUGAUGAAUCUUCUCAUGUUCCUCUCCACCUGGGACGGGAAGGUUCCUCAGCCAGCCAUCCUGAAGCCGCGGCCGCUGUGGACCGGGAAGCAGGUCUUCACCCUCAUCAUUCCAGGACACAUCAACGCCAUCCGUACCCACAGCACCCACCCCGACGACGAGGACAGCGGCCCCUACAAGCACAUCUCCCCCGGAGACACCAAGGUGAUCGUGGAGAACGGUGAGCUGAUAAUGGGCAUCUUGUGUAAGAAGUCUCUGGGCACCUCGGCCGGCUCUCUGGUGCAUCUCUCCUACCUAGAGAUGGGACACGACACCACCAGGCUGUUCUACAGCAACAUCCAGACUGUCAUCAACAACUGGCUGCUCAUCGAGGGUCACUCUAUCGGUAUUGGAGACUCCAUUGCUGAUGCCAAGACCUACCUGGAUAUCCAGAGCACCAUCAAGAAAGCCAAGCAGGAUGUGAUAGAGGUCAUAGAGAAGGCUCAUAAUAAUGAGCUGGAGCCCACGCCUGGAAACACACUGAGGCAGACCUUCGAGAACCAGGUGAACAGGAUCCUGAACGACGCCCGUGACAAGACUGGCUCCUCUGCACAGAAAUCCCUGUCCGAGUACAACAACUUCAAAUCCAUGGUGGUGGCCGGGUCCAAGGGUUCCAAGAUUAACAUCUCCCAGGUCAUCGCCGUGGUGGGGCAGCAGAACGUGGAGGGGAAGCGCAUCCCGUUCGGCUUCAAGCACCGCACCCUGCCGCACUUCAUAAAGGACGACUACGGGCCGGAGAGCCGCGGCUUCGUGGAGAACUCGUACCUCGCCGGCCUCACCCCCACAGAGUUCUUCUUCCAUGCCAUGGGAGGGAGAGAGGGGCUGAUCGACACCGCCGUCAAGACUGCAGAGACAGGCUACAUCCAGCGGCGGCUGAUCAAAUCCAUGGAGUCUGUGAUGGUGAAGUACGACGCGACUGUGCGCAACUCCAUCAACCAGGUGGUGCAGCUGCGCUACGGGGAGGACGGGCUGGCGGGAGAGUCCGUAGAGUUCCAGAACCUGGCCACCCUCAAGCCCUCGCACAAGGCCUUCGAGAAGAAGUUCAAGUUCGACUACACCAACGACCGUGCUCUGCGGCGCAUCCUGCAGGAGGAGGUGGUGAAGGACGUGAUGACCAACGCCCUCGUGCAGGGCACCCUGGAGAAGGAGUUUGAGCAGAUGAAGGAGGACAGAGACAUCCUCAGAGCCAUCUUCCCAACGGGGGACAGCAAGGUGGUGCUGCCGUGCAACAUCGCCAGGAUGAUCUGGAAUGCACAGAAGAUCUUCCGCAUCAACACCAGAACCCCGACCGACCUGAACCCACUCAGAGUGGUGGAAGGUGUGAAGGAGCUCAGUAAGAAGCUGGUGAUCGUGAACGGGGACGACCCCCUGAGCAGACAGGCUCAGCAGAACGCCACACUGCUCUUCAACAUCCACCUGCGUUCCACGCUGUGCAGCCGCCGCAUGACUGAGGAAUUCCGGCUCAGCACGGAGGCCUACGACUGGCUCCUGGGCGAGAUCGAGGCCAAGUUCAACCAGUCUAUCGCUCACCCCGGUGAGAUGGUGGGCGCUCUGGCCGCUCAGUCUCUCGGAGAGCCCGCCACUCAGAUGACUCUGAACACCUUCCACUACGCCGGCGUGUCGGCCAAGAACGUGACCCUGGGUGUGCCGCGUCUCAAGGAGCUGAUCAACAUCUCCAAGCGGCCCAAGACCCCCUCGCUGACCGUCUUCCUGCUGGGGCAGGCAGCGCGAGACGCUGAGAGGGCCAAGGAUAUCUUGUGCCGGCUGGAGCACACGACCCUGAGGAAGGUGACGGCGAACACGGCCAUCUACUAUGACCCGAACCCCCAGAACACAGUGGUGACGGAGGACCAGGAGUGGGUGAAUGUGUAUUACGAGAUGCCGGACUUCGACGUGACCCGCAUCUCGCCCUGGCUGCUGCGCAUCGAGCUGGACCGCAAGCACAUGACCGACCGCAAGCUCACCAUGGAGCAGAUCGCAGAGCAGAUCAGCAAGGUGUACAUGCACUUGCCCCAGACUGACAACAAGAAGAAGAUCAUCAUUACAGAGGAAGGGGAGUUCAAAGCUCUGCAGGAGUGGAUUCUGGAGACGGACGGCGUGGGAUUGAUGAGGGUGCUGAGCGAGAAGGACGUGGACCCCGUGAGGACCACCUCCAACGACAUCGUGGAGAUCUUCACUGUGCUGGGGAUCGAGGCUGUGCGGAAGGCCCUGGAGCGCGAGCUCUACCACGUCAUCUCCUUCGACGGCUCCUAUGUCAAUUACCGCCACUUGGCGCUGCUGUGCGACACCAUGACCUGCCGCGGCCACUUGAUGGCGAUCACGCGCCACGGCGUGAACCGACAGGACACGGGGCCUCUCAUGAAGUGCUCCUUCGAGGAAACGGUGAGGCUGGGGGUGUCUGAGAACAUCAUGCUGGGGCAGCUGGCUCCAGCCGGGACGGGCUGCUUCGAUCUGCUGCUGGACGCGGAGAAGUGCAAAUACGGCAUGGAGAUCCCUACCAACAUCCCUGGCAUCAGCGUGGCAGGACCCUCGGGUAUGUUCUUUGGCUCUGCUCCCAGUCCGAUGGGGGGAAUGUCCCCAGCGAUGACACCCUGGAACCAGGGAGCCACGCCAGCGUAUGGAGCCUGGUCUCCCAGCAUCGGUGAGUCUAAUAAUCCAAACAUUAAAAGCACAAGUAAUAUAUUAAGCAGUAUAUUGAAAUCACUGUAUCUAGUAAGUGAAAUGCAUUUUUUUUUACCUCCAGGUGGCGCUAUGUCUCCCAGCUACUCCCCCACCUCCCCAGCCUAUGAGCCACGCUCUCCAGGGGGCUACACCCCCCAGAGCCCUGGCUACUCCCCCACUUCCCCUUCCUACUCCCCCACCUCCCCUUCUUACUCCCCGACCAGCCCCAACUAUAGCCCCACCUCUCCCUCCUACUCACCCACCUCUCCAUCCUACUCCCCUACCUCCCCCUCCUACUCGCCCACAUCUCCCAGCUACUCUCCGACUUCUCCCUCCUACUCUCCCACCUCUCCUUCCUACUCCCCGACCUCCCCUUCUUACUCUCCCACCUCGCCCUCUUACUCUCCCACCAGCCCCUCUUACUCUCCUACAUCUCCCUCUUACUCACCCACCUCUCCUUCCUACUCCCCUACCAGCCCCUCUUACAGCCCCACCUCGCCCUCGUACUCUCCAACCUCUCCUAGCUACAGCCCCACCUCCCCCUGGCUGAGGGGGUCCCCCACCAGCCCCAACUACACCCCCACCAGUCCCUCUGGUACUCGCCCAAUGAGCCCCUCUUACUCCCCACCUCUGUGGGGCUACACCCCGACUUCUCCCAACUACAGCCCUACCUCCCCUUGGGGGUGGGGGUCCCCCAGGUACAGCCCCACCUCGCCUUCCUACUCUCCUUCCAGUCCUCGUUACACCCCCCAGUCCCCGACCUACACCCCCAGCUCUCCCAGUUACAGCCCCAGCUCUCCCAGUUACUCCCCAACCAGCCCCAAGUACACCCCCACCAGCCCUUCCUACAGCCCCAGCUCCCCAGAAUACACCCCCACCUCCCCCAAAUACUCUCCCACCUCCCCAAAAUACUCUCCCACUUCUCCCAAAUACUCCCCGACCUCUCCUACUUACUCACCGACAACUCCCAAAUACAGCCCCACAAGCCCGACCUACUCUCCCGCUUCCCCGGGCUACACCCCUACCUCCCCAAAAUACUCCCCCACGUCCCCUACCUACUCCCCAACGUCUCCCAAAUACUCCCCAACGUCCCCCACUUACUCCCCAACCAGUCCCAAGGGCUCCACCUACUCCCCCACCUCCCCAGGCUACUCCCCCACCUCUCCCACCUACAGCCUCACCAGCCCGGCCAUCAGCCCGGACGACAGCGAUGAAGAGAACUAGAUCUGGGGGAGGAUUUGGAGAGCGCCUCCUGUGGACGGAGGCUGACACUGCAUUCAUUUUUUUUUCUCAAUUCUCACCAGCUGUCUAUUUUUUUC